GGCCAUGCGCGUCCAUGGCCCCUUCCCAGCGUCUCCGCGAGUGAAUGCCGUCGCCAACAUCCGCACCGCCCAACGCGCAUCCACCGCAGCACGCAAGACCUCAACGCUCGCUGCUGCAGCCGUGUACUCUUGUAUUUCCGCUUGUAAUUGUGUCGUCUCCCGGCUGCCGGCGACAAGCGCCGCCCUCCCAUGACCGCGAUCCUGCCUCCGACCCCACCGCAUUCCUCACGUCGCGCCGCCCCAAUACGUCGAUAUGUCGAAGAACACCAGCAGCAAGGGGAAAGCAAAGCCUGGUUCUAAGAUUGCUGGCGCGCCACGAAGCCGGAACACCACGCCGAUGCCCCAUGUGCGCGCUUCUGUCGAGCCGUCAUCCACGACCGCAUCCUAUUUCAGCAAACCCUUGACCGCCCUCUCCAAGCCAUGUGAUGUCACCGUUGAAGAGAUCCUAGACCGCGGAGGGCCCGGCACCCAACAGGUACCCUCUGCCCACGCUCUGAUCAGCAUGAGGGAAUCGAUAGAGAAUAGAGUCUUAGCCAACGUCCAGAAGCGCUGUGACGUGUCCAAUGCGGCGCUGAGGGAGCUGCAGAGCCUCAAGAAGAACCGGCCUUCGCAUGAGCGAGAGAGGGAGAGGCCGGACCACAAGGAGUCUGAGGAGCGAAAGCACAAAGUGAAGAAGAUAGGUAAGAAAUGGGCGCCUGACGAUGACCGCCCGCUUGCAGUAGGCGCUCAUGGCGUUGCCAGGCAAGAUGGCGUCGACGUCCACAAAGAUAAUUCCUCGACAAUAUCCUCGCCCAUAUCCCAGGCGCCGCCCUCUGCAACCGGCACUGGCCCCGCAGAUGCGCCUUCACCUAGCAUCUCUGAGGCGUCCCACCAGCCUCCACCCGCGCCCACGAUUCCUCAAUUCCAGACCUUCGGCGCCGAUCCCUCCAAAUUCGACGACCCAACCAUCUAUCACAUCCGCGACAUCACACCCGGCAUGACAGAGGAGGAAAUCAAGGAGAUAUACUGUGUUGCCGAAUAUCCCUGCGACGAUCUUAAAGACUACACCGCCGGCACGCCUCCAGACAAAGACUUCUCCAACGCAAAGCCAGCAUCUCAGGUGAAUGCUACCGUCUUUGCAAACUACGUCGAGCCCUAUAUACGGCCCUUGACCGAGGAGGACGUAGCAUUCCUCAAGGAGAGGGGAGAUCGAGUCGGCCCCUUUGUCCUCCCUCGCCGUGGAAACAGACACUACAAGGAAAUAUGGGCAGAAGAAGAUGGCCAGAUGCACAUCGACACGAACAACCACCUCCCCCCGAACGAAGCGCGAGGGUCGUACGAAGACAUGGCAGAUGACCUCCUAGAAACGGACCAUGUCUCCGCUGGGCCCUUGCUCCAAAGACUACUUCAGACACUGCGCCCUGAAGGUCGCGGUAACUCGAGCAGCUCCAACGAAGCGAACGGAGUCAAUGGCGACGCGAUGGACAUUGAUGAAGGUGCCGGCGCACCGGCUGACACCACGAACAGCAACUCUUUGCCCGCAGCAGCCCAGCUCCCGGAAUUCUUGCAACCGGGUUGGAAGGCGCCGCCAGCGAACGGAAGGACAGACUACGCAUCUCUCGAAGACCGCAUGCUCAUGGAGCUCAAACACUAUGGCAUGCUCUCCGACGCGGACACAGAAACAGCAGCGUACGACUCCCACUUCGACGACGAAGUAGCCGCCCGCCUCCGCUUCCUGCAGAACGAACUCCGAAAACAGUCCAUCGUAAACGGGGCGAGGAAACAGCGACUCUUGGAGCUCACAGAAGAACGUAUAGCCCAGCAAGAAUACAACACCAUCGCGGACGAUCUAGAUAACCAGCUCAACGCUGCGUAUCUCAAGCGGAACCGCAACAUCGGCAAGGGCAAGAAGCAGACCAAACGACCUGGUGGUGCCGGUGGUGGCAGCCAUCCCGUACCAAACGCAGGUAUCAGCAGGCCAGGUGUCGGUGAGCCCAUCAGGACCCUUAUGGAGAGGAAGACCCAGUGGAAUCAGACAAUAGGACCUGUCGUUAACUUCGGGAAGACGGGUCUGCCUUCCGAGACAAUCUUCCCGGAGGAGAAGAUGAAGGAGCUAGAGAAUAAGGAGGUCGAGAUCUGGAACAACGAGACGGAGGAGUAGGCUGUGAGGUCUCACUCCGCCGUAGCAAAACUUCUUAGGCGUACUUGUUGGGAUUACGAAAUAAACAGGGUCGCAUUGGAUCGGCGUUGUGGUAUAGUGU